AUGGCAUCUACACAUAUCGCGAAGACAUCCACCAACAUGUCUGAAGUCUCCACAGUCGCACCCUCUGAGUUUCAACCACAUCUGUCCCAAUCCACCCAAAUGCAGUCAUCAGAGACAACAAAGCAACAUGUCACCCUCCAAAUCGAUUUCAAAUGGGGUAAAUUCACAUCCAGAAUCAGCGACACUCAAACCCCCGAAGUACCUCUUUACAUGGUCAAAUACAAAAUUUUCUCCCAAAAACAGCUCGUCUACCUGUCCGGUGCUACACAGGACGUUAUUGGCACAGGAUCCAUCCACAUAAUCAACAUUGACGCAGACUAUGAGUGCCAUGGUCGUAAAGAUACUCUCGUCGCGCAAAAGCGCCUCAGCACACUCUAUACCCACCGCUCUGGAGUACUCAAAAAUCACGACAACAAACCUGUGGUCCUAACCUGGACUGGCGAUAUCGGUCUCUCUAAAUGGGACUUCGUGUGCGUUGACGAGCAACAAAUGCCCGUAGCCAAGUUUUCUGCAAAUCUGUGGGGAAUCAAGAAGCUGGGCAAGAUCCAACUGAUGGGUCAGGCGGCAUAUGAUGAGAGCUUGAGAGAUGAGAUGGUCAUUACUGGUAUGACGCUCGCAUACUGUAUGAUCACACGCAUGAACAACAUCUUCAGUCUUGUGGGUGCUAUCUUUGGUGAACCUGGUCACGAUAAGAAGUACAAGUCAGACCCUGUUUCGGGUAAAUCGAGCAAGACUGCGGAGUCCUCUUCAGAGAGUAUUUCUCGUGUGUCUACUGCUACGCCAUCUAUUGUCACCACGAAGGGGCCUGCUGCCCAGAGUGAUGUGCCGGUGAAGCGGUGA